CACAGAUGUUGCUAAGGGUCGCACUUUAGAACACCGCGCUCGUGCUUCCGGCUUGGCCGAAAGCGAGGCAGCGCAGCAGGCGCGCGGUGUUCCUGGAACCAAGGAGAAGCAGGCUCCACUUAUAAUUGGCAGCGGUGAAGAGGAAAGUGAAAUGAAGCGUAUAGUUCGUCCUCCACAUGUACAAAGUGGACCUGCCGCAUCUUCAACUGGAGCUGCUAAUAUACAGACCGUCCCUCAGCAGGACAACGACACGUCGGACAACCACGACUCACAGCCCUGGCGGGCACUGCUUCUGGAGAACCACGAGCGCGACAGCCGCGCGAGCCGGCGCGAAAAGCUUCGAAUGAAAAAUCUGGAGGAGGAAAGGGAAAGGGAACAUCGGGCGAAGAACCUCCACGGGUGUCGUACUACAAAUAAUUCCACCACGGUAGAGCGCGAAGAUAAGUACAACUACCCUAGCCGAGGCCAAACAAUGUUGACGGACUCCAAUUCAUCCACCUUCGGAAGUAGGCGCGAAAACAGCCAAAAUGACUACGACUACGAUAGGAAAGCACUGACCGCUACUUCAUCUGAAGAACCUGCUCCGAGAAAGCUCCUGGGCCCGAGCGACCGGCAGCUUCAGGCAGAGAUGCGCUUUAGCCGUUACUGCGCAGUGGACCAGACAUGCUCCGAAACGGAUUCGGAUAACGGGGCGGAAUAUGAAAGAAGCCCGUUUUCCGACCCUUCACUGUCGGAUGAGGAAGCGGAGACGCCGGAUAGAGGCAGAAAUGACAUCAAUAAACAGCAGGAACACGAGGACAUUGCAGCGAUGGAUGCUGCUACAAAUGCUAUCGAGCCAAAAAGUAAGAUCGAGAAGCACGACCAGGCACCGCCUGUUACUGGACUCGGGUCUUGUGAUCAUCAACAGGGCAUAGAGCCGCGAAUGAGUCAGACCGCGAAUAAUGUGAGCGGGAGCUCCUCGUCGUCCGCCACCGCUGAGCGUCUAUGGCCUUCGCAAAUUGUUGAUGGUGGCCAAAAAGCCAGAAACGGUUCGUGGGUGCCUCCUGCGCCACAAGCAGCGCAAACGACAAAAAUGCCUUCUGCUACUUCUUCAAAGUGUCCUCCUUCUAGUGCUUCUCCUGGCAUAUCAAGUGCUACUCAUCUUGCCUGGACAACUAGUAGCGCGCCAAUCUCUACGACUACGGGUUCGGGUGGUUCCGUCUCCUCUCUUCUAACGAGCGAAGCUCUGCAGCGGCUAGAUGAUGCGUCGACAGCGAGCAAGAUGAUUUUUGCAGGAGCUCCUCCUGACGAGGAGAUGAGGAUGACGAUGGUGGAAAACCACAAGGAAAAUCAUGCAAGUAGUCCAGGUGCUCCGUUUACAAGUUCUGCUUCUGGUGCAUCUAGCGCAAUCACAACUACUUCCGCCUCGAACAACUGUUCAUCAUCAUCUCCUGCGGCCACCAACUUUGCUUCCUACAUGACUAACCGACUGAGGAAUACGCAGAACGAAGUGUUUGGCUACCCUAUUGGACUAACGGGGUUGCGGAACUACAAGGGCCGCGGGAAUUUGAUGCUGAUGACGUCGACGGCGGACUGCAUGGGCAGCACAACUGGAGGAGGAUCCUCCUCGUCAAGCGGUAUUAACGCGCAAAAAGAGCAUCACAAUUCCACUCUUCUCGUCCAACAGUCUAAAUCUGGGAAUAGCAGCAACGGCAAAACGUCAUCCUCUUCGAACAAGUUCAUGACCUUGAAGACCAUUCCGGAGGACCGCGCGCUGUCGGAAUCGUCCGAAGAGCCGGACUUUUUUGUAAUUGAGGAAAAGCACGACAUGAAGCCGAGUCGGUCCUGCGUGUCUGUGGCGGGAUCCAAGGCCGCGUCGAAAGCGGCAGUGCUGUCGAAGGCGUCUUCCAAGGCGGCGCCGAAAGCGAGCAGGAGCAGCGGUGGUAGCGCAUUGAUGAAACAAGCUGCGCCGUCCGCUCCUGGGGUCUAUCUCGUGUCGUCCGCACCAGAAAGCAGCACAUCAGAGCGAAUGUUUUCAAGCGGCACGACAAGUGUAGGUGCGACCAGUACAUGUUUGCAAACUAGAAGCAUGGAAGCAGAGCAAAUGAAGACUGUUCCACCUUCUCUGCCUCCGCGCUUGUCUAUGUCGCCUUCAUCCGGCGGGAUCCGAAACAGAAGCCCUUCAUCUCCCACCGCGGCGCGCAACAGGGCAGGAAUUAGCUGCACAAGAGGUUCGUGUGCAGAUGUCUUGCUUCGGCCGGAAGGAGAGGUGGAACUUCGCCGGGAACACGGUGGCCUCGAAGCAGGGACAGCAAGAAGUAGUGCGAGCCUUGACGUCCGUGACGACUCCUCCGCGUUUCUAUCUCCGCUGCGAAGGCAGCGCAAGCCGGUUCCGGGAAUGGCGGGCGUUCAUCUUCGUGCGCCAACUGCUAGUACUGGGUCGUGUGGCGCUGCUGGUGAAGCAUUGGUGUCGACGAAAAAUCAAGGCACUAGCACACCAUUACAACCAGCAGCGUCGUCUUCAGUGGAAGCUGCAACCAAUCAGCCGGCAUAUGUAGUGUCUGACGAAAUGAAGAAGAGGAACCUGAAACGAAAGAGCUACGGCCACUCGGAUGAACGAGGUGCUCCUGCACAGGACCCCUGCGCGGGCGGCGCUUUGCCUAAAAGAAAUACGAGCACAAUAGCAAACAACCGCUCAACAGAUCGCAUCGUGCUUGAAGUAGAUAAUUCCAAUUCUCCUUCUUUUUUUUCGUCGUUUCCGGAUCGCAAAAGGCCCACCGCCGCAAUGACGGGCUCUAAGCAGAGGAAACUUGACGCCGCUGUUCAUCUUGAUAGCGAGGCGGCGAAUAAUGAGGAACACAGGCUCGGCUCAAAACGCUCCCCACCGCCCCCGGCACCAACGUCUCUCCAAGAGGUCGAACCCUCUCCCUUCUCGCCUAGAGGUCAUGCAGAUGUUGACGAGCUGAAGUGCAGCAGCAGUAUGGCAGCUGCAUCUUCAAGUAGGGGACACGCCGGAGUACCCGGCGGCGUAAGGGACCGGUGGACCACGAAUUCUAUUCUAAAUAAGCCCGCACGACCGGCGCAAUCCACUGCGGCAAGUGCAAAUCCUAUUAUUGUUCCGGAUGAAGCAGGUCGUUGUGCAGGAGGGAUUAGAGACGUAGAUGCGGCUUCAUCUCGGGCUUUGCCACACUCCUCGUCUUCUUCAUCAUCGAAGAGACCGAGGGAGCGGGAGGACAGCGAUACUGUUGAAAAUAAAACGUGUCCUCUUCCUGCCCUCGCCGACCUCGUCGCAGUUGAUGGAAUAAACUCGUGUGAGGAAGAACAAAUUACAACGGAGGCAAGACGACCAUAUUUUGCAGCACUGAAGGAACCACGAGCUGCACCAGAACUCAUUCCUGCACCACCUCCUGCAACAGAAGGAGUCAUUAACGGGAGGAAAAAAUGUCGGAAUCCACUUCUGGUUCUGUCAACAUCACGUCAACAUACUGAUGAUAGUUCAUCUCCACGCUGCAGGACGAGAAGUGCCGCUGCUACUGACGAUCAUCCGGAAGUAGAUGCUGAAGAGCUGAAGCCGCUUUUGAAGGUGAG